AUGACUAAACUCAUCAAGGUUUCCAACGGCACUGUUGGUUUUGGAACCAUGAACACCACUUGGGCUCCCGCAACAGAGGCGGUGGAGAUCUUCUGUACUGGGUAUAAAGCUGGCUGUCGCCUAUUUAAUGGUUGUGAGUUCUACGGUACUGGCCAUUUGAACUUGAAGUACUUUCAGGAUUUUAUUGACAAGUGGUGCCCAGAAGGUUCCACAGCAGACCAGCAUUAUUGA